GCAGCAUUAAAACAAGUAUAUUGGGGCAUAAAGUUAAUGGCAGGAAUGCCAUUUCGAGCAUUUUGCGAAAAGGGCUUUUCAUCUGAAGUGAGCGGGGGGAGAAAGUCACGCAUUAUUAUUCUCGCCACGUCGGCUACCUUAGUCUACCCUCCUUUGGCAGCUAUUACAGAGGGCUACUUGUGUCUUAAACAUGUGACUAAGUGAGAGAGGGGCACAGGGGAGAGCCGAAGCGCCCAUGCCUGUUAUCUGCUGAGCGCCUAUACCUUCAGUUUCCACAGGAUCUGCGCUCCUCCACACAGCGCUGCGGAGUAGGCGGGUCAAGUAGGUGGAACAAAAAAAGAAAAAAAAGAAAAAAGAAAAACGGUGCCGGGGCGGAAUUCACAACGGGAUAUUUAACAAUCUUCGUGGGGUGGCAGGUAGCCGCAUUCCGUCGCAUCUGUCCGAGGCUGGACCCCGCCGCUUUCUGGUAACUGCGCUAAGACAGCUUUUAAUCUCCUGAACGUUAGCUCCUCUGCGCUCCUGGAGUCUUUCUCCUCCUCCUCCUCCUGCUCGUUUCUCCGAUUGACUACAUCUCCUGCUGGAUGAUUUCAUUUUGUAAAGUCAUUAUCCCCAGAAAGGUCAGAGCCUCUGCUUCCAGGAACGUUGAAUUAACUGUGGGAUAAGCCGGUUGUCAACCCCAAGCGCACCCCCGACUGCUUUUCUCAAAGUUUCUCACUGGUGUAGAACCGACCGUCGGAUUUGUCCGGAGCAGCUUUACCUCUUUUUUUUUCUCGGAGUGUUUUUCUUUUUUUUUUCUUGCUUUUUUUUCUUUUCUUUUUUUUGAGUGGUGUUUUUUUCCCUCGGUGGAGUUGCAGUUGAACCCUGACAAACUGUGAAAUGAGUUUCUCCACAAUCUGGGCAGCUGAGAGCCACCGGGAUUCGGCGAGAGCAUGGGACACACUGAGUUAAACUUUCUCUGUCGUCCUAAACUGCGGUGUUCGGGGGGCAUUGAGGCGAUGCAGGUCCCUCGGUCAUCCCAGUGGAGGAGCCAGCUAAUGACAAGUAUCUUUGGCUGCUGAACGCCCCCCCCCACCACCACCAUCACCACCACCCUCAUCCCUCCUACCCUCCAUCCAUCUCUGAUGGCUCUAUGGGGCAUCCUCAGCCUCAGCCUUCACUGCUGGGUGUGUUUAUGGUCCAGUGUAACAGCAACAGCAACAUCAGCCAGCCUCCCAAAUGACAAACCCGGGGGACCCCUGGACUGGCUCCUGUCUGAUAAGGGGCCCUUCCACCACUCCCCAGAGUACAUCGACUUUGUGGAAAAGAACCGACAAGGUUUCUCCACCAGAUACAAGAUAUACAGGGAGUUUGGAAGAUGGAAGGUGAACAACUUGGCGGUGGAAAGGAGAGAUUUUCUGGAGUCUCCGUUACCUCUUACUCCUGAGUUCAUCAGGAACAUCCGACUCUUGGGCCGCAGGCCCACCACCCAGAUGAUCACUGACAGCCUGAUCAGGAAGUAUGGGACUCACUUCCUGUUGUCAGCUACCCUGGGAGGAGAAGAGGCCUUAACCAUAUUUGUGGAUAAGCGAAAACUGAGUAAGAAAGCAGAGGUGAGCGAUUACUCGGGCAACUCUUCCACUGUGACUCUGGAAGCUCUGCACCAGCUGGCUGCCUCCUACUUCAUCGACAGGGAGAGCACUCUGCGCAAGCUGCACCACAUCCAGAUCGCCUCCACUGCAAUCAAGGUGACAGAGACCCGCACAGGUCCUCUUGGAUGCAGUAACUAUGACAACCUUGAUUCUGUGAGCUCGGUGCUGGUUCAGAGCCCUGAAAAUAAAGUCCAGCUGCAAGGCUUGCAAGUGAUCCUUCCAGACUACUUGAGAGAGAGUUUUGUACAGGCGGCUCUCAGCUACAUAGCCUGCAAUGGAGAGGGUGAGUUUGUCUGCAAGGACAGUGACUGCUGGUGCAGCUGUGACCCCAAGUUCCCAGAGUGCAACUGCCCCUACAUGGACAUUCAAGCCAUGGAGGAGAGCCUGGAAAGAGUCACCGAGACAUGGGGCAUGCUGUAUAAGGAAUUUGAAGAAUCAGAUGAAUUCAAGGCCUUCUAUGCAAGGCUGCCCCAAAACUAUUUCCUGAACAUGUCAACCAUACAGCACUUGUGGUCCCUGGAUAGCCUGUUCCAGUGGCGAUAUGAGCAGCUGGAGAACAGCAUGCGGGUCCUCUCCAGACGUGCUGAGAGAGUCAUCUUCAAACUCUUCAGUCUCAGUAAAAGAUGUCACAGACAGCCCCAAGUACGCAUACCAAGAGAACGGCCUCAGUCCUACUGGCUGAGUCAUUUCCAGUCACUCCUAUAUUGCUCAGAGAACAACCAGCUUGGUGCAUUCUCAGAGGAGCUCCACAGCUGCAGCUGCCGAUAUGAACACAGCUCCUGUCAGCUGCCUCCACCCUGCUCUGUUGGAGAAGGCUUGGCCUGUGCGGCCUGUGCACCAGACAACCAAACCCGCUGUGGGAGCUGCAACCCAGGCUUUGCCCUGACACAAGGGACCUGCAGGCCUAUGGUGGCAGACUCUACAGAGAACUAUCUGGGGUUCGAGACAGACCUUCAGGAUUUGGAGCUGGGCUACCUACUGCAGAGAGCUGACCGCAGGCUUGAGGUCCAUGCAAUCUUCAUCAGCAAUGACAUGCGACUCAACAGCUGGUUUGAUCCAUCAUGGAGGAAGAGGAUGCUGCUGACGCUUAAGAGCAACAAGUAUAAGACCAACAUGGUCCACAUGCUGCUGGGAAUAUCCCUUCAGAUCUGCCUUACAAAGAAUAGCACCCUGGAGCCUGCCCUUACACUCUAUAUCAAUCCUUUUGGUGGGAGCCACUCAGAGAGCUGGUACAUCACUGUCAACGAGAAUAAUUUUCCAGACUGGCAGGCCACCAAACUGGACCUGCCCUUUGACUGCUACAACUGGACUCUGACAUUGGGCAACAAGUGGAAGACAUUCUUUGAAACCAUCCACAUCUACCUUCGUAGCAGGAUAAAGACUCAGGAUGGACUGAAUGACAGCAUUUAUUAUGAGCCUUUAGAAAUGGCAGAUCCUGCUCGGAACCUGGGCUACAUGAAGAUAAACAGUAUCCAGGUCUUUGGCUACAGCAUGCAUUUUGACCCGGAGGCAAUCCGUGACUUGAUUCUGCAACUGGACUACCCAUACACUCAAGGGUCCCAGGACACAGCUAUGCUCCAGCUCUUGGAAAUACGAGACCGGGUCAACCGGCUGUCCCCUCCCGGUCAACAGAGAUUGGACCUGUUUGCCUGCCUUCUCCGGCACAGACUCAAACUGACUGCCAGCGAGGUGGUUCGCAUCCAUGCUUCCUUACAGGCCUUCAGCUCACGUCUGCCCAAUUCAGUGGAUUACGAGACCACCAAGCUGUGCAGUUAACAGCUGCUUGAAAGGAAAUACAGUCUGUAAAUGGCUAGAAGGAGAACUCAUGGACAUAGGAUUUGUGCCCAUUGUGAUACAGAUGCUUAUAUUUGUGCUCAUUGUCUAUGGAUUACCAGACUCUACAAUUAAUCAGGAGUUGAUUGGCUGUGGACAGCUGAAGAAUGUACUGUACUGGUUGUUCUGGUUUUUCUUUUGUGGCAACUACCUUCAGUGCUAUAGUAUAAUGAAUGGGAAGGAUCAGUAAGGAAAUACACAACUCUCCAGAACAAAAACUCUUUACAAAAGAUGUCUACAGUAGAAAUUCAGAUAUCGCUUCAUAAAGUUGAACCAUCCUGUUUCGAAAUGACUCUGCUCAUUUAUACUGUAAGUACCAAUGACAAAUGAUUUAUGUUAAAAAUGGUACAGUCUGUUUGUUUGUAAUUUUUAUAUGUUCCUUUGCUUUAGUGACAGUGCACUUUCCAUGGAAACCAGAAUACAGUGGUGUCAGUCAAGAUUUUGUAGAUAAAUUGAUAUUAAAACAUCACGUUAUAACACAUUCCAGCUGUCAGAAGAAUUCUUGGGUCCCUUUCGUAUUAAGGAAUUGCAUCACAGACUUUUUGUAAGCAUGGUUCAAAUUUUCGGGGGGUGAUCAGGAUGACAGUCAAGAGUACAGAGUACCAUGUAUUUAGGGAUUUGUACAACCAGUUUGACCAGACAGUUGUUAGUCUGCACCAAGAACCUUAGUCAGUUAAAUUAAUCAUUACUUUUUUCAUAAUGCACAACACCAGUUAAAUGUUGAUUUCUAUGAUAUUACAGACAACAGUUGCCAUCCAUUUAGGCAAAUUGUAAGUAAGCAGGUUAAAAAGUACAGCUAAUGACAGGCGCACUAACCAGCGCAACUCUGCAGUACUUGGAUUACAAAAUUAAGUGUUGUUUAGGCUGUUACUUGAUAUUAAGGAGAAUGGAAGAAUACAUUACAGCAGGUCCUGUCUGAAGUUCAAAUCUUACACUGGGCUUCAUAAAUGACUUUCUAUGUCAGCUUUCCAGAUAAGGAAACACAGCAUGUCUGUGCCAUAUCUACAAGCAGGUGGGCUGCAGGUGGGCUGUCCUUGUGGUCCACUGUACAAACCAUUCAGCAGUCUCAGUAGACUUACCUUUGUUCAGGCUGUUUCUCAGGUGAGUGAGACCUCAUUAAACAGAGCGGUUAACCCCAAGAACUCGAUUACAGUGCAUAACGUCGUCCUACACAAGAUGUUAAUUUGUAAGGACACAAGGUGGUACUAGCACUGGAUAUGUCAGUAACACUCAGCAAAUUAAUUUGACAUUGUGUGCAAUGUUAUGCAUGGUGCAAUGUGCCACACCUGUGAUUUGUUUAUAUUAGAAUGUUAUUUACUCUUUCAAGGGGCUCUUAAAUAUACUUGUAAAAAUGUUCCAUUUGUCUCAGAUAUUCUUUCCUCUUUAAAAAUAAUUCAUGCAGGGCAUGCUGUGGGGAUAACGUUAUGUGAAUUAAGGGUAGCCCCCUUAGCACCCACAGCUGUGUAUUUGGUAUAGCCUGUAAAAAUAAUUUUAUAAUUCUUUCACCUAUAUUGUGACCUAUAACCUGUAAAAUUCAAUUGAAAAACAGAUUAAAACCUUGAGAGUGUAUCAACAUGGAGCAAUUUGGAUUAGGGCAGUGUUAUUUAUAAAAACAUCCCAAAUAUCUCAAAUUUGGGUCAUCUUGGUACAGUCCUCAGGUCACCUCAUAGAUUUUAAGUUGGAUUCAGGUCUGUGCAAUUGCCAAGUUAUUCCAAAACUUGUUCUGGUGGAGCCUUUGGGUUUUUUGGUUAGUUGAUGUGUUGAUAGGUGAAACAUCUCUUUGUCUUAAGUUUUUCAGCAGAUUUUGUCUCAGAACUAACUAUGACUUGGAACUGUCAGCAAAUGUCAGAAAAAUCUAACUAAUUAAACUAGAACAUCUGAAAUAUAUUUGAUUUAAAUCUGUAACUUUGACUGAUUGGUUACAUGUCGUAACUAGUGGAUUUGAAUGGGACUGGUUAAUUUUGACAAACACUGACAUAUCUGCAGUAAGAGGGAUAUGCAAACACGUUAUUAUUCAACACCAUAAAAGAUGAUUAUAAAACUGAAUUAUACAAGUUAUAGGUAAGAUGAAAGAAGUUCUGAAAAGUGUGCAGAAGUGUUAUGUCCAUUGUAGUAGUUUAAAAAGUAAUAAUGUAAGAACAUAUACAGAAAAUACAAUCUACACACAAACAAAAGAGCUGGCCAGUGGCUCACAGGAAACAACAUUUAUGCAUUAAAUUAUCUGUUACCUCUGAAAAAUUCCCUUUGUGUUUGCUUGUUUGCAAAUCAUAUCUAGUGGAUGUUAUUGCUACAAAGUACAUGCAUAUUAUAUAAAUACAGUAUUACACAACAGCAGCUCUUUACUUUUUUGCCAGCGGCUGUGGGUUGAGACGUUGAUUCUGAUGAUGCACUGAUUCUGCUAUCUGUGAAUUAAAUGAGAAACUUAAUAAUCACCUUUGGCAUUUCUAGUACACUUAAGUGCCUGCUUACAACUGAGGACACUUUGGUCAGGGACGUUACUUGAACUAAACAACCCAUGAUCCACCAUUAAAGACUAAAGACUCACUCACUUAUAAUUAAAUAAAUACAUGCAAUAUCCAUCCAUCCAUCCAUUCGCGUCCGCUUAUCCAAUUCAGAGUCAUGGGAAGGGGCUGGAGCCUAUCCCAGCUGCCAUAGGUCAAGUGGCAGACUGACAACCGGGACUGGUCGCCAGUCUGUUGCAGGGCUAACACUGAAAGAUAGAUAGCGAUUCACACCUAAGGCCAAUUUAGAAUCACCACUUAAUCUAACCCCACUAAUUGCGUGUCUUUGGACUGUGAGAGGAAGCUGCAGUACCAGGAGAGAACCCACAAAGACAUGAAAAAAAUAUGCAAACGCCACAUAGACAGGCAAGAUGGCGGAUUCGAAUCCAGGCCCUUCUUGCUAAAACACAACUGAAAAUGUAAAAAGAGAGAAAAAAAAAACUGCAAUUUUUCUUUCAGCUGUCAAUUAGUAGAGAUGCAGGCCCUCAAUAAUUCCCCCAGAGUGUGCUACAUGUACUUCAGCACCUGUGAUUCCCACUGUUUGGGGUUUAAAUGUCUAGGAACACUUGUUAAGCCUUCAAUUGUGAUUAGAACACCCAAGCUACUUGCCAAGGUGGUUUGUAAAUGCUAAUGUAUUUUUGCCAAAAUGAAAG